CACAGUCUUAUUCAGUGGGGGCAUUUACCUUCCUACUAAGAAUUCCCACAGCAUUUGCUAAAUCAGGUCUACAAAUGGUAACAAGAUACAAAAGUCUACUAAUUGCUGACCUGUAUUCUAUGUUGUCAGGCAAUGGUUUCAAAUCCUGCUGAUUCUUUAAGAAGUCAGUAGCCAUGGGCGUUGCAACUGGGUGUGCAUCUUGCAUUUGCAAAUUCUGGAUAAGGUCAAGAAUCUUUUGGCGCUGAUUUAGAAGAAAUGACCCAUCUUCUUCUCUUUCAACUUGGAUUCCGAGGAAACAAAUAGGACUUCCUCCCCCCUUGGCCCUCCAAAGCAGACAAUGGAGAAGGCAGUCAGAACUCUCUAGGGCCAUGUUCAAUGGAAAUAACAAAGAAAUCAUUUAAAUACAUACAUUGUGAAAAGAAAAAGGAGAAACAAUUUGAAAGUAUGGAAUUCGGGAAGAGCUUCAGUGACAGUGGAACUAUAAGAAAACAUCAACAGACUCACACUGAGGAGAAACCAUUUAAAUGUAUGGAAUGUGGAAAGAGUUUCAGUCAGAGUGGAUACCUUAGAAUUCAUCAACGGACUCACACGGGGGAGAAACCAUUUCAAUGCAUGGAGUGUGGAAAGUGCUUCACUGAAAGAGGUAGCCUUAGAAUGCAUCAACGGACUCACACGGGGGAGAAACCAUUUCAAUGCAUUGAGUGUGGAAAGAGCUUCAUUCAGAGUGGAACCCUUAGAAUUCAUGAACGGACUCACACGGGGGAGAAACCAUUCAAAUGUGCGGAAUGUGGAAAGAGCUUCAGUCAGAAUGGACAGCUUAGAACUCAUCAACGGACUCACACGGGGGAGAAACCACUUAAAUGCAUGGAGUGUGGAAAGAGCUUCAGUCAGAGUGGAAGCCUUAGAAUUCAUCAACGGACUCACACGGGGGAGAAACCGUUUAAAUGCAUGGAGUGUGGAAAGAGCUUCAUGCAGAGUGGAGUCCUUAGAAUUCAUCAACGGACUCAUACGGGGGAGAAACCAUUUCAAUGCAUGGAGUGUGGAAAGAGCUUCAGUCGGAGUGGAAACCUUAGAAUUCAUCAACAAACCCAUACAGGGGAGAAACCAUUUCAAUGCAUGGAGUGUGGAAAAAGCUUCAGUCAGAGUGGAAACCUUAGAUUUCAUGAACGGACUCACACGGGGGAGAAACCAUUUAAAUGUAUGGAGUGUGGAAAGAGCUUCAUGCAGAGUGGAGUCCUUAGAAUUCAUCAACGGACUCAUACGGGGGAGAAACCAUUUCAAUGCAUGGAGUGUGGAAAGAGCUUCAGUCGGAGUGGAAACCUUAGAAUUCAUCAACAAACCCAUACAGGGGAGAAACCAUUUCAAUGCAUGGAGUGUGGAAAGAGUUUCAGUCGGAGUGGAUACCUUAGAACUCAUCAACGGACUCACACGGGGGAGAAACCAUUUAAAUGUAUGGAGUGUGGAAAGAGCUUCAUUCACAGUGGAAACCUUAGAAUUCAUCAAAGGAGUCACAUGGGGGAGAAACCAUUUCAAUGCAUGGAGUGUGGAAUGUGCUUCACUGAAAGAGGUAACCUUAGAAUUCAUCAACGGACUCACACGGGGGAGAAACCAUUUCAAUGCAUUGAGUGUGGAAAGAGCUUCAUUCAGAGUGGAGCCCUCAGAAUUCAUGAACGGACUCACACGGGGGAGAAACCAUUCAAAUGUGCGGAAUGUGGAAAGAGCUUCAGUCAGAAUGGACAGCUUAGAACUCAUCAACGGACUCACACGGGGGAGAAACCACUUAAAUGCAUGGAGUGUGGAAAGAGCUUCAGUCGGAGUGAAUACCUUAGAAUUCAUCAACGGACUCACACGGCAGAGAAACCACUUAAAUGCAUGGAGUGUGGAAAGAGCUUCAGUCAGAGUGGAAACCUUAGAAUUCAUCAACGGACUCACACGGGGGAGAAACCAUUUCAAUGCAUGGAGUGUGGAAAGAGUUUCAGUCAGAGUGGAUACCUUAGAAUUCAUCAACGGACUCACACGGGGGAGAAACCAUUUAAAUGUAUGGAGUGUGGAAAGAGCUUCAUUCACAGUGGAAAUCUUAGAAUUCAUCAAAGGAGUCACAUGGGGGAGAAACCAUUUCAAUGCAUGGAGUGUGGAAUGUGCUUCACUGAAAGAGGUAGCCUUAGAAUUCAUCAACGGACUCACACGGGGGAGAAACCAUUUCAAUGCAUGUAGGGUGGAAAGAGCUU